AUGACUGACACCGCAGAUAUCAAGAAGCAGGUUCCGUACGAGGUAGAAAAACUAUCCGACGAAAGCCUUGCUCCCGACGAUGCCGUCCUGCAGGCCCAGGGUCAUCGGCCCGAGCUUGCGCGGUCGUUUUCCUGGGUGGGAGCCAUUGGAUUGUCGUUCAGUAUUGCCAACUCAUGGUUAGGUUAUGGCGCAACGUUCGGAACGCCCCUGGCAUAUGGAGGUGGCCCGACCGUUCUCUUCGGAGUCAUGAUUGCGGCGGUAGCGCAGUGGAUUGUAUUGUUAGGGCUGGCAGAGCUGUGCUCUGCAUUGCCCUCUUCAGGGGGUCAAUACCACUUCACAUAUAUACUAGCCCCACCAAAGUACAAGAAGUUUGCCGCAUACACAGUUGGCAUUACCAACGUGAUAGCAUGGUGGGUGAGUGCGGCAUCGGGCAUUAUCUAUACUGGGAUUUCGGCGUUUGGGAUAGCAGUGUUCUGGUAUCCAGACUUUCAGCAUGAGAGGUGGCAGAUAUACUUGUGUUAUGUUUUGGUGGUUACCUUGACCUUGAUUCCUGUCUUCGCCGUUCCCCAGAGACGUUAUGACUACCUGACGAAAACCACCUUUACCCUAUCCAUAACCGGCUUAAUCUUGGUCUUGAUAGCUGUACUCGCCUCAGGUCGGGGACGUUACCACCCGGAAGUCCUUACAACGUUCCAGGGGACCAGUGGAUGGGACACGGCCCCAGCAUGGUUGCUGAGCAUCACCAUGGGACAAUACUGCUAUGCGGCUAUCGGAGCUGUCACACAUAUCGCGGAGGAAAUGCCCCAGCCGGGACGGAGGAUCCCUCUCGUGAUUAAUCUUGGAGUCCUAGUCGGCGUUAUGACAGCUGUACCGUGGGUGACCGUGAUGCUUUGCGGCAUUCAGGACAUCGAUGCAGUUCACAAAGCGUUCAUCCCUAGCAUGGAGGUCUACUAUCAAGCGACAGGAACCUGCGGUCCAAGCCAAUGGAUAACUUCGAGUCGGAUCGCGUGGGCGUUCUCUAGAGAUAACGGCCUUCCUUUUUCCCACUAUUGGAAUUUCAUCGACCCAAAGUUCAACAUCCCCGUGCGCACCACGUUCCUUUCGGUCUCAUUCUGUCUCCUAUACGGUCUGGUCUAUAUUGCCAGUUCAACAGCAUUCAACUGCAUCGUGAACAUGUCAAUCCUCUUUUUGAACAUUAGUUUUACCGUUCCUCAGGCCGUCCUAGCGACAGUCGGACGGGACAAGCUGCCGGCACGGUCAUUUGAUCUGGGUCGAUGGGGAUACGCAGUCAAUAUUUUUUCCACGGUGUGGUUGACCUUCAGCGGGAUACUGUUUUGUUUCCCGACUAGGCUACCAGCAACUGCAGGCGGGUCGGCUGUCCUGGUGGGGGUGUAUUGCCUCAUCAUGCUGCUGUGGAUAGAGCGGAGACAUAAGUUCACCGGGCCAAAGAUCAACUUGGAUGCACUGAACAUCAGCAACAAAUUGGCAUUGUCCUAA